AUCGAAGACGUGUAUAUACACUGAUGCAGCCCAGAAGGUUGGCCGGGUAGUUCGUCUGCACUCUUCGUUCGCUGCUCUACGGUCGAGUAAUAGCCAGCUGAGAGGGGGUGAGUGAUGGAGGACUGUGUGCACGUAAAGCAGGUGAAGCUGGCGGCAGAUAGGUCCUUCCUGAACCCUCGCAACUGGAGCUGCAGCGAGUGUGGCACCACAGAGAGCGUCUGGGCAUGUCUGCUGUGUAGCCAUGUGGCGUGUGGCCGGUCGUGCGAAGAACAUGCUCUACAACACUUCCACCUCUGGCGACAUCCUCUGGCCAUAGAAGUCAACCUCAGAUAUACAUACUGCUAUCUAUGUGACGACUACAUUCUCAACGACAAUGUGAAUGGAGACAUUCGUCUUGCCCAAUCCCUCCUCUCACAGGUGGCAUCUCAGACCUACCAGGAGUCCUGUACCAGAAGUGGUAGGAUCAUAAAACCAGCCACUCAACUCCUCAGAGCUGAAAGCAGAAUUGAAGAGGCUAAUUCUGACAGAGCAGACAAACGCUACACCGCUCUAUGUCACUGGAGGUUUCUUCAGUUGUUCAGAGCCUUCAACACUUGGAGAGAGAACGUCGCUUUGACCAGAGCAUCCCAGACUGCCCCCUCCCUCCCUCCACCCCCUGCCCCUGCCAAACAACCUCUAACGAGAAAGAAACUCCUCACGCCUGGAAUGACUGGUCUCCGUAACCUUGGCAACACGUGCUACAUGAACUCCAUCCUCCAAUCCCUGGGACACCUGAGUUACUUUAGAGAGUCGUUUCGUCAGCUGGGGAGUCAUCAGGAGGAGGAGGAGGCCACUCCCACCAGCUGUUCCUCCAUCCCCUUCAACAGACAGACCACCAUGGAGUGUUUUGAGGAGGUACACAGCCUGAUGAGGGUCAUGUGGUCGGGGAAGUGGGCUGUGGUGACACCACACGCUGUCCUCAACGCAGUCUGGAGACUGGUGCCUGCGUUCAGAGGAUACUCUCAGCAGGACGCACAGGAGUUCCUCUGUGAGGCUUUGGAGGUCCUGCAGUCGGAGCUGAGGCUGUGGCCUGAGGUGUGUCUGGGCCAGCCUCCCAGUAUCAUCAUCCCCUCACUCUUCCAGGGACACCUCUCCAGUCAGGUAACCUACAGGAGAUGUCGUCACUCAUCAAUGAAAAUUGAUCCAUUCUGUGAUCUAUCCGUAGACUUCCCCGAGAGGUACCAGGGAGACGAGAGGAAGCCUCAACAAAAGAACCAUCAUCUGCAGACCUGCUCGCUGGACGAGCUGCUGGGAAAGUUCACAGCGAGGGAGGUUCUGGAGGAGGUGGUGUUCAGCUGCUGUCAGUGCCGUGGAGCAGCCCUGCCUCAGUCUGUGGAGAAGACUCUCACAAUCUCCACUCCUCCUGAUGUUCUAAGACUCCAUCUCAAGAGAUUCAGGUGGAGUGGUAAAGUCAGACACAAAAUCAGCACUCACGUUGCCUUCCCAACGACCCUUGACCUCUACCCCUACUGCACCCCGCCCCCUAGCAACAACGACCCUGGUAACAAAGUGGGAGGAGUCGGAGUCGGACUGGAGCGAGGGGAGUAUGUGUAUGAACUUGCGAGCGUGGUGGAGCACCAUGGGCCAGGCCUCUCCUCUGGCCACUACACUGCCUACUGCUGGAACCAUGAUGCUGGGGCGGAGGAGCUGGGGAGCAAGGAGCUGGAGAUAGAGUCGAAGAAGUUCCUAUUGGAGGUCAAGGUCAACGACCAGGGGAAGUUUGUGAAAAUAUUGGAGAUGCAGACGCAGGCAAGAGGUCGGAUCAUUUUCUCAGCUGAGAAGGCGAGGGAGUUUCGAGACAUUCUGAAGGAGCUUCUGGAUGAGUACAACCAGCUGCCUGCUGUGACUGAGAUCACCGAGUCGGAGCUACUCCGCAGCGAGACAUUCUCGCAGGGCCGGAGGCGGUACUACGUUGAUCUCCGUCAGAACCAACGAGGAAGGUUCGUCAAGGUCACCAUGCUGGCCGGUGGAAAGAAUUUCAUCGCCAUUCCUGCUGAAGGAUUUUCCGAGUUUUUUGAAGCGUUCUCUUCUCUGGUGGACGAGUUUGCCAGUGAGGGAGGGGGAGGGGGGAGGAGGAGAGGAGCAGAGGUUAGUGGGGAGGUGAACGGUGAUUUGCCUCCACCGAGGGAGGUACGGGCUGGUGGGAAGAGGUUCUAUUUUGACGUGGCGUCAAAUGAUCGAGGAACCUUCAUCAAACUCUCUGAGGUGCUGCGAAUGGGUCGAAGGACACACAUUAACAUCCCGCAGCAUUGCUGGAGCAAAAUGGGAGAGGUGUUUAGUCUGUAUGCGCAGGAGCUGCCCGUGAGUGAGGAGGAGGAGGAAGAGGAGGAGGAGGAGGAGGAGGGGGAGGGGAAGGGAGGAGGGGAGGGGGAAGGACGUGAGGACUAG